AUGGUACAAUAUCCAACUCCAGUUUGCACAGGUUGUGGGGUAGAUCACAUCACUGUAAGUUGUCCUUUGACUUCUACUCAUAUGAAUCAGCCAGUAGAGGUACUAGCAAUUGAGGCGGUGAAUUCUGAGAUCAAAGAACCACCAUCAUUCACUCCUGUCGUCGUGAUCAAGGCUUAUUUGCCACCCAUUCCAUUCUUUCAAAGACUGCAAAGGAACGAGACGGGCAAAGAACAAGUGGAGUAUUCCAAAAAAUCAACAGAAAAGGAUCAACAAAUGCCUUCGAACAGUCCACAAGUAGGUGUAAAAGUUCCUAUCAAAGCACUUACGCACCCAGUCUCAUUACCUCAAAGAUUGAAAAAUACGAAACUGGAGAAGCAGUUCACAAUGUUUCUGGAAGUCCUUAAACAGCUGCAUGUCAACAUCCAUUUCAUUGAAGUGAUCCCUCAAAUUCCAAACUAUUUCAAGUUUUUAAAGAAAAUGUUGACCAAAAAGAGGAAGUUGCCCGAACACGAAACGAGAGCAUUAUUUGAAGAAUGCAGUGCGAUCAUUCAGCGCAGGAUCCCUCCAAAACUUAAAGAUCCAGGGAAUUUCACUCUACCUUUCUCCAUAGGAAUAUUAUACGAUAUAAAUUGUUUAAUUAAUUUGGGAGCGAGUAUUAAUUUAAUUCCCUUUCCUCUUUACAGGAAAGUGGGAUUAAGAGAUCUUAAGGUGGUGUCUAUUAUCCUUCAGCUGAUGGAUCGAUCAUUGAAAUACUCCUAUGGAAUAGUCCAAGAUAUGCUUAUCAAGGUGGGGGAGUUCAUUUUUCUAGCUGACUUUAUCAUAUUGGGCAUAGAAGAGGCAUGUCAGAUGCCAAUAAUCUUGGGAAGGCCCUUUUUGUCUACAAGCCAAGCUUUGCUGGAUUUUGAUGCUAAUGAGAUAGUCUUGAAGGUGGAAGAUAAACAACAGAGCUUCACCAUGGAGAAUCCAAUCAAGCAACCCUUAUACUUUGAAGAUUGCCAACAAGUGGAUUAUUGGGAGAGCUACAAAGACAGGCCAAAUGAAGGAAGAAUUGUCGGUAGGGACAAUGAUGAAAACUUGGUUAUUUGGAGGAUGACAGAUAAAAGAAUGAAGUGCGAUCAGUGCAUGAAAUGCAGGGUUGAAAAUUCUCUUUUCAAGCCACCAUGA